CGCCAUCGUGAAUCCCACCUCGUAUUGCCAUUUCAUUCUCUUGCAUCGCGAUUGUCACAUCCGGUCCAUUUCCUGGCCGAUCUGUGGCCGAGCAGCCUGGAAGAUAUUCCUGUUCUACUCUGCGAAUGCCAUUCCCUCACGCUCCUUCGUCUUCCGAUGACUCCGCAGCAACCGCCGUUCCAAUGUGACUUCCCCGGGUGUAGCCUUAGCUAUCGUCGCAAGGAACAUCUGACGCGACAUGCCAAAAGCCACAUCCAACCACGGUCUUAUGAAUGUCCUUUUUGUGACCGCGUCUAUGCGAGAAAUGACACGCGCCGGCAACAUAUCCGCACACAUCAUAAAAACAAGGAGUGUCAAUCGAGCCGGGCAGUCCGAGCUUGCCAAUACUGUCGCUUGCGAAGAUCAAAAUGUAACGGACAGAGUCCCUGUGAUGCCUGUUCCCAGCGAGGGAAACAGUGUCUGUACUCGCAAAAUUCACGACGCCGCGUGUUGGAACAAAGGAAGAGUCCAAAUGAUGACACAAGCUUAACGGCAUUUUCGGAGUUGGACUCUGCGUUUUCCACGACUUCGUUUGCAGGGGGACCAAGCUCUAUACAGCAUGCGGAAGUGACCGAGAAUAACUCAUGUAGAACUGCACCAUACGUCGAGGCUUAUUUCGAGAUCUUUCACCGACACUGGCCGCUUUUGCAUCCUGCUACGUUCGAUCCCGGCCGUGAGCCAGCUUUUCUGCUGCAAUCAGUGAUCAUGAUGGGACUUUGGGUGACGGGUGAAAGCAAUGCGCGACAGACUGCAAAGGUUCUUCACCAGAAACUCAGCCUUCUAAUUUAUGAGCAAAAAGAGAUAUGGGACACGUCAAAUCACCACGACGAGUCACAACGCCAACCAAAUGACACAUCUUCGCCUGAGCCUACCCCUUGGCCAAUGGCAACAUAUCAAGGAAUCUUGUUGCACCUCAUUUUCUCUCUUCUCAUCUCUCAGGACCAAUUGGACCUGCAAUUGACCCACGCACUGCCUGAACUGCCUUCCCGGCUUCUCGUCGCUCUUGUGCGCUCAUGUCUGAAGCGCAACAUGUUCUUUUAUCCCUCGAUGCUAACUCAAUUCAAGCCAGGAGUAGAUCCUGACGUUUUCAUAUGGCUCGGUAUCGAGGAGAUCAAACGGUUUUGUCUGUCACUAUACAGAGUAUGCCGGCAGUGCCGAGUAUUUGACCCCAAAAUCCUGGAAGACGCACCCACUUUCAGUGCUCGUCGUGGACCACGAGCACCCGGGGAAAGACUUCUGUCUCUGACAGAUCUGCAAUUUGCUUUGCCAGAUAGCGAUGAGCUCUGGGAUGCCACGUCGGGCUUGGCGGCGCGACUCGCGGAAAACCCAGCCGCGUGCCACAAUGCGAACGUUGAAGAAAAGUGGAUAUCUCAAACUGCGCGGCUUUUGCAGCCUCGUGAUGCACAAGUUCAGUGGAUCUGA